CCAACCACCGUGUAUAAUCAUCGGUCGGUGGUUGGAGAAACAACAAAAAAGAAACUUUAAUACAUUGUAAACCCAAAAUCAUUGCACUCGGAUUUCGAAAAAAGAAAAGACGCAUAAAUUUGAAAUCGAAACAGAAAAAUACACGGUAAAAAGCUUUUAAAAGUGAGACUAACGUAGCGUGAUUUGAAUUUAAGAUUGCUUUUUGACCGAAGAAAAGUAAGGUUCAAAAUUUGCUUUGUGAGUCGUGUAAAAAGCAUUGCUCGUUAUUUUUUUCCCUAAUUUUACAAAGAACUGCGGUGGAACUAUGCUGUAGUGAAGCAUAAAACUUGCAACUAGCAGAUGAUAAAAAUGAAAUGUAGUUGGUGAAAGGCAAGGACAAAUGCGACAUUUUUGGAUUUUUUUCGAGGAACGCAAACCUGAUUAAAAGGGUCUUGGCGCGACAUCGAGCAGUUUGUCAACCAAUGCAUAGCAUGUGGAUGCAGCACGCAUUUUGAAAUUGAAGUUUUAACUCCAACAUAUUCGAGAAAAUCCGUCAAUCUGGAAGUGUGAAUAAUCGGGAAAAUUGAUCGGCCAGUGUCAUAGGAAAAUUGAAUGAAAAUUUUCCUCGUUCUGUUCUGUGUGUGAGUGCGCGAGAGGAAGAGAAAAGUGCGUACACAUCAAAAGCAGUCAUAUGUGAUAGGGAGUGAGAGUGGGAAUAACAUCGGGAGGCAGGUCCUUGCACUCCUGCGAAUGGUUUGUUGUCACGUUGGGGGCAGUGUGAGAUUGGAUCCAUCAAGCUUUACUAGAGGACGAUAUCAAUGAGAGAAGUGAGCACGAGAGAGCGUUUAAGCUCCCAAAAGUAAUCUACCAAAGCUCAUUCGCUUUUAACCUAUCCUUUUCGAGGGGAGCACGUUUGUGUAGCCGUGUAUUAUUACAUGCUCGGCGAUCGAUACCAACGGAUUUGUCAACAACAUCCACGGCUGCAGGUGGACGGCUGUCCCGCACACAGGAAAGGGACAUUAUAAACAAAACAAAGGACUAACAACGUUACAUUUCGGGCGGAGGGAAUCAACGCAGUUUUCGUAGUAGUGUGAGAAGUGACGGAAGAUAAUGCGAGAAAGUCCAGACUGAAUUAUCGUCGAAGGUUGAUUCAAUUGAGAUAAGGCAAUAUUUUUGCUAAGGUUUGGCGAAAGCGUUUUCCGUCGUGUCGAGAGAAACAUGAUUUUGAUCGCUGGAGUUGAUAAUUACCUUAACGUACCCAUGGAGACCACCACUUUCCUAGGAGCGGCACUCGGAUUCAUUGCUUUACUCUUGGUUCUGUUUCUGUACAUCAACCGGAAAUGGUGCUUCGCCACACCUGGAUCGUUUAUCUGCUGCGAUGAAAACACCCUGCCAGCUAAAACGGUUCACACUAUCCGGAGUCGUUUCGCAUACGAUGGCAACUCGAGUUCCGACUCGGAGGAGGAAAUUCUUCGCCGCUUGAAACUGCAGCAGUCUUGCAGUCUACACAGCAGCGGCCAGCUGUCCCGUUACGGUGCCGGUGCGCUAAGCCCGCUAGAUGCCGAUCUAGCGUCCAGCUUGGGUGGCUUACAGCACAUCACCAUCGGUACACCGCUGGACGAGGGGCAGCCGAGCAGGAAGGAGAGCCGAAAGCAUCAUCAUCAUCACGGUAACGGUCAUGGCCACCACGGUCACCAUCAUGGCGGCAACGGUCAUCAUCACCAUCACCACAACAGCCGCCAUGCAUCGUCGAGGGACCCCUUGGCAUUGGCGGAAAGGGGCAAGAUUGGGAUGCCGCACUCGAGUAGCGAAUGCAGCUCGAACAGUUCGGUGGAAGCAUCCGUAGAAAGUAAUACGGGUUUGGUGGGCGGUGAGAAAAAGGAUCGACGACUGAUUCUGCAAUCCGCGGGUGGUGGUACGAAAAUUAACAGUCCAACGAAGGAGACGCUAACAUCCGCGGACGGCAAGAAGGAUCAAGUAAACAAUGUCAUCGGUUCCAGCACGACCACAAAAUACAACAGACUACCUGUUCAACAACAGGAUAGUCUAGAGGAUGUUCCCGAUAUCAACAGCAACCAAGACUGCAUCGUAGUUCUUUCACAAGAACCUCUUUUUGACACGAGUGAUCUAAAAUCACUCAAGUCGGACACGGGAACGAUCGGUCCGGGUCCGGAGAGUCCAACUUCGACCAGCUGCCCCAAUGGAACGCUGGAGGUCUCGCUUCUGUACGACGCACCGUUGCGAAAAAUGACAGUCCAUGUGUUGCAAGCACGUGGUAUUCCAUCCCGAACCAGUGCGAGUAGUGCGACGAGCAAUCCCAAUGAACCACCUAGUCUCAAGAGCAAUCAGUCGACUACGCACACCCAGGUCAGGCUGCUGAUGCUGCCGAGCAAGAAGCAGAAACACAAGACCAAGAUCCGGUCGGGCGAGAACCCUCAAUUUAUGGAGAGUUUUCUGCUGCAUCGUGUCAACCCGGAGGAGGUCAACUCGAUGGGUUUGAGGAUUCGAGUAUACGGGUGCGAACGAAUGCGGAGGGAGCGUUUGAUCGGGGAGUCAAUUGUGAGUUUCGCCAACAUCGAUUUGGAGCUGGAAACAAAUCUGUGGUUACCGUUGGAACCACGAGCGAAUUCCGCGAACACCGGGUCUACGAGUGAUCUGUUAAGUUUGGCUCGAUCGGACAGUACGGGUUCAACUACGUCGAUGCAACAUGGCGGGGUUCCGGAGUUAUUGCUUGGACUUGGUUACAAUGGCACCACGGGGCGGUUAACUGUUGAGAUCGUAAAAGGCAGUCAAUUUCGUAAUUUGGCAUUGAACAAGGUUCCAGAUACGUACGUAAAAUUGUGUUUGGUCAGCAGUAUGGGCCAAGAGAUGGCUCGGGCGAAGACUUCAACGAGGCGUGGACAACCGAACCCGUUGUUUAAGGAAACGUUUAUCUUUCAGGUUGCCUUAUUCCAGUUGAACGACGUCACGCUGAUGGUAUCGGUGUACGCGAAGCGAAACAUGAAGCGCAACGAAAUGGUCGGCUGGUUCAGCUUGGGGCUAAAUUCGAGCGGUCCGGAGGAGAACGCCCACUGGGGCGAUAUGCGCGAGGCGAUGAAUCCCCGAUCGGAACUGGUGACGCGAUGGCACGUGCUGGUGGAUUCCUGAUUUAACUAGCUAGGGCUCUCCCCUCGGCAGAGCACGGUCAUCAGCGAAGAUAUCGCCGAAGUAGCAGGAUCCGGUAGGCACAGGCCAUCGUUGUCUCGGUCUCACCAUCGGAGCCGUCGGAGCUCCGCGAGUACCGGGUCGACGUUGGCAAAUGCGGAGGUGCCACCGGUAGUGCUAUCGUCGCAGCCACCGGUCUCGGGAUCGCAGCAGGCACCGUCUGCAGUGCCCUGGGAUCGGGACUCGGUUGCUGUGGACAUCUCGUUGAUGCCAGGGAGUGACCUAGAGUUUGUGUAGACUAUCAUACUCAACAACGAUUGAGAGGGAUUGGCACAGGUGCCAAGCGUGGGACGGAUUUUGAACCCUUUGGGUACGAAUUUGUGACAUAGAUACUGUGUAUGUAUGUAUUGUGUGUUUGUCUGUGGUGUUGGAUAUUUGUUGUGAAGUUUAGUUUCGCUCGUACAUUAUCAAACAAAAUAAUCAAAUAGUGGCACCCGUUUUAGUUUGAAUCCUACGAAUAAAUUUUGGUGUUUCAUCGAGUCGUAUUUAGGCGUAAGAUUUACGGAAUCUACGAUGUGUUGGAUGUUAUCGGUAAGAACGUUUGAUGGACAGAAACUUAUUUUUCAUAAAAGUAAAUUGUAUGAAAUUUAAUGUGAAGAAAAAGGGGCGAAAGUAGUGUACACGAAGCUUUAAAAAUAGUUACCACAGAGGAUGUUAUGAACAGAACUGUUGCGCGAAAAGAUUUUAUGAUUGUUGUAACUUUUCUAAGUUUUGAGUUCUGAUUUCCAUCGACCUAAGGUGCUAUUUGAAAGAAUCGAUGGAAUCAACCUAAGAAGAUUAGGGCGAAAUGGUUUGUCAUGGGAGCUUCAGGAUAUUACCUUUUGUUUGUCGUCUGUUGAAAAAUAUUCAGAAAUAUGGAUAUGGUGUUGGUCAAAAUCCAGCCAAUUUCGUCGCUUCAAAAAUGUAAAAAAAUCAGCGAGCAGAAUUUAACGAAAUGUUGCACCCAUAUCUAUAAACUGAAUUCCAAUAAUAGUUUGACAUGGAAGAAAUAGUGCGUGGUGCGUACCUAUUUAAUUGCAGAAUGAUUAGGUGUCAUUGAAAUAAAUAAGGACAAAACUAUGAGAGAGUAAAAACCUGAUCAAUAAUAGUGGUGUGCUUUCAGAAGUACCGUUUGUAACUCACCCGUAAGAACUGUGUGAACCCGAAGUAAUAAAAAAGUAUCUUUCGUGGGUAUGCCAAUUAUAUCUACCGUAUCUGGAAUCUAUAGUCUAGUUAAAUUUUCAUAAUAAAGAACGCGGGCGUUGAUUUCGCUGAAGAACAGGACGGAGCAAUUUUAUAUGAGUCUGGAACGAGUUCACAAGUUUUGUGAAGAUAUUGGAUAGGAAAAGACAAGUCGACCGAUGAUAGCAGAUUUGAAAUGUCGAUGAUCAGGAUGCACUAAAAUUAAUGGAAGGAGGCUUUUGAAAGGAAAAUGUCCAGCUUACCUCCAGGCCUCUUACGGUGUCAUCCAGAAUGGCUGCCGUGCCCACUUUUUCACUCCAAUCAGCACCGAGCAGUUUGUUUGUGAUUGAAAAAACACACCUGAUUAUGCUUUUACUAGAAAAAGUAUCAGAACUAUGUUAGAAUCCUUUAUCAAUCCACACAUUGAUAAAUUAUCAAACC